AUGUUGAACGUUUUCAGAAUAGCAGGUGAUUUCUCUCAUUUGGCUAGUAUCAUCAUUUUGAUACAAUCGAUCACAACAUCUAACUCAGUUGAUGGUAUCUCAUUGAAAACUCAACUGCUAUACACCUUGGUCUUUAUCACACGUUAUUUGAACCUAUUUACCAAAUGGACCUCCUUGUACAACUUCUUAAUGAAAAUUGUUUUCAUUUCAUCUUCGGUUUACGUCAUUGUGUUAAUGCGCCAACAAAAAUUUAAAAACCCUGUCGCAUAUCAAGACAUGAUCACCAGAGAUCAAUUUAAAAUCAAGUUUUUAAUAGUACCAUGCAUUCUCCUAGGAUUAAUUUUCAAUUAUCGUUUCAGUUUUAUACAAAUAUGCUGGUCCUUCUCUCUAUGGUUGGAAAGUGUUGCAAUCCUUCCUCAAUUGUUUAUGUUGACUAAAACAGGUAAAGCAAAACAAUUGACAUCUCAUUAUAUUUUUGCAUUGGGGUUAUACCGUGCCUUGUACAUUCCAAAUUGGAUAUGGAGGUAUUAUACCGAAGAAAGAUUCGAUAAAUUAUCAGUUUUCACCGGUGUGAUUCAAACUUUAGUGUACUCUGAUUUCUUCUACAUCUAUUAUCAGAAGGUUAUCAAACUCGGUGGAGAUUUAGAAUUACCACAAUAG